AACACUUACCUUGACUUUUUAUUACACAGAAGGCACUCCACACCUAAAUUGGUCCAAUUGAAUACACAGGUGCUGCAAGUAAAACCAAAAGCAACAAAAGAUCAAGAGUUUUUCAUGUUCAUUUUUUUAUCAUUAUUAUGAUCUCUUUUUCUCUUAAUCGUACAUUAACUGUUAUAAUUGUCUGUUGGAUUAUUGUAUGGAAUUGAUCAAAGGUCUUUUGCUGUUAUUAGCUGAGUUGUUUCUGUUUUGCUGAAGAUGGCUAUUGACCGGUUGUUUGUUUCAUCUGCAUUCUUUGUUACCUGAAAAAGAAAGAACUUUGCUUGCACUUUGUUAAUUGAAACCUUUUUUGUCUUAUGCAUAGGUUAAUUAAACUAUCAGAACGUUCUUUUUUUUUUUUGCUUUAUUUUGCUUUAUCAGGAAAAAGAUCUUUCUUUUUCUUUUUCUUUUUUCUAAAGUGGAUAUUGAGAGACUUUUGGUCCGGUCUCCUAAUUCUAAACUCCAUGGUUAGCUUGGAAGAGUACCAACAGUUCAAAUGAAUCCAAUUUGGCCGCUGAACUUAGUUUUCUUCUUCUUCUUUUUUUUUCCUAGGUCGUUCCAGUUUUAUAAAAGUUCAAAGAAAGCAACAAUGAAUAUUUAAAGCCUAACUGUAUGAGCGUGGUUGUUUACGUACUUUCAUCAAAUUGAAAUAAGAAUUUGUUGUUGUAAGAAAAAUUCUUCUCCUUUAUUUUUGUAAUUUUCUUUUUCUUUUGUUUUUGGUUUGGUUUAACAAAUAUUGUAUUGGCAUUUUUUUCUGUAGUUAUAUAAUUAAUUUGAUAAUUAUGUUACAGUUAUGUUUGCUUUUUACAAAAUUUAUGCAAAAGAGUCUACAUAUCUAUGGCUGCCACUGUUCCUUGGUCUACUGUUUAACGUUGUCUGCAACUUUCAUUCUUAUUCAGAGCUUUGGGACAGUGUGCACUCAGUUAUGGCAUCGGAUAUCAGGCACAGAAGAGGAAAAAGAUUGUUGGAACAAAAUGAUAGUGAAGGUCUCAAUCGUGAUGCAGAGAUAGAAACAAGAAACAACAGUGAGAAUUUUUAUACCAUGAGAGCCCAAAUUGAUACUGGGGGUUUUAAUACAGAGGGAAUGCAUCAAAGAAGAUCAAGAAGGCCAAGACGUGUUCCUGAACCUGCAAUAACAGAGAAAAAUUACACCUCUGAACACUUGAAUAGAGGAUCAAGAAGGCGAAGACGUGUUGCUGAACCUGCAAUAACAGAGAUAAAUGACACCUCUGAACACUUGAAUUUAAGAGUUGAACCUACCGAACAAAACAACAGUCUGUUGUUGAAUCAAACUUCUGUUAACAGUGAAGAUUCGCAUGUUAGUCAUACAGUCAAGGACGGGAUGCUUCAAAAUUUAAUCCAGCAUUACCUGCUGUUCCAUUGUGUUAAAUACUUCAAAUGCAGUUAUGGCUUUGAAGACCAGGGCGACGAGGAAAAAAAGGUUCUUAGAAAGUGAUUGUAGUGCCACUAAUUUGUAUUGUGCUGAAAGUCAUGAUAAAAGCUUAUCAAGUCGGGGGACUGUGACACGAGCAAUGAUUAGACUUUGGUUGCCGCUAUAGCUGAAAGUUCUUUUUCUUAUAGAGACACAAUCAUCAAAUCAUUGCUAGAACAGCCAACAACAAAAAGGAAACGAAUGGUGAAGGACCAGAAGAUUUGUACAGUUUUGAAUAUGAAAAUGUAGAAGGAUUGGUAGUGCUUUGUAAACUCAAAACAAUUUUAUUGGCAGGAGUAAUCAACAAAAAACAAAAUGCCAAUAUCACUGCAUUAUAUAUGACUGAUCUUCAUUGCUUUGUAAACUCAAAACAAUUUUAUAGGCAGGAAACUCUCUUAUUUUAUCACAAUCAAGCCAUUUUAAUUCAUAUCA